GUGCCGGCCGUCGUCGCGGAGCAGGACUCCCAACAGGCCGGGGCGGUCGGCAUCGGCGUCGUCGACUUCGCCGCCGGGCUGAGCUGAGCUUGCUCUCGCAAGGAAUCCGGAAAAGUCGAAGAGAAAACAAAGUCCAGCGCACGCCAUGCGACCCACGCCUCAGUUAUUACUAUCAUUACCAAGAUAAGACAGGGGCAGCUCGAUCUGUGCUGCAUCAUAUAUAACUAUUAGGGCUCGCGAUUGUGCCCUGCCGCCUGCUCGUUGAGCCAGCAGCGAUCCCCCACUCCUCCGCACCAGAGUCAAAGGCAAACAGGCUCCUCGUCGUCCUCACUACCUGUCUACCUGAGCACCGGCCCAGUUUCUUGGCAACCUCCUGCUGCUGCUCCUCGUCUCGUUCACCUCGAUCGUCACCGCUGCUGGAUCGAGGAGGCGGCGGAGGAGGGGUGAUCAUGGCGAGCGCCGCUGGAGGCGGAGCGGCGGGGGAAGGCGAGUGGCUCAAGGUCGCCGAGCUCAGGGCCACGGUCCAGGCGCAGGACCCCCACGCCAAGGAGUUGGACAACCUGACGCUGCGGAGGUUCCUGCGCGCGCGCGACCACAACGUCGACAAGGCCGCCGCCAUGUUCCUCAAGUUCCUCCAGUGGCGGAGGGAGGUGGCGCCCGACGGCUUCGUGCCGGAGGAGCAGGUCCGGAGGGAGCUCGCGCAGGACAAGGUCUGCAUGGGCGGCGUCGACAGGACCGGACGCCCCUUCCUCGUCGGCUUCCCGGCCAGGCACUACUCCGCCAACCGCGACAUGGCAGAGUUCAAGAGUUUUGUUGUCUACUUCUUCGACAAGAUCUGUGCCAGAAUCCCCAGAGGUCAGGAGAAAUUCCUCUGCGUCGUUGAUCUGAAGGGCUGGGGGUAUUCAAACUGCGACAUCCGGGCCUACAUCGCAGCUAUAGAGAUCAUGCAGAACUACUACCCGGAGAGACUCGGCAAGGCGCUGAUGAUCAAUGUGCCCUACAUCUUCAUGAAGGCGUGGAAGAUGAUCUACCCGUUCAUCGACAACAACACCAGGGACAAGUUCGUUUUCGUGGACAACAAGAGCCUGCAGGAGACGCUCCGCCGGGAGAUCGACGAGAGCCAGCUCCCGGAGUUCCUUGGAGGGAAGACGCCCCUGAUCCCCCUCAAGGACUGUGCCCAGCAGCCUGAAUCCCUUUGACCAUACACAUUGUGAGUAGUAUUUUUAGAGGAUAUGAGCACAUGAUGAUCCAUGGUUGUAACAGAGAUGUAUCUAAGGUCCCGAAAUAAUGGUGUAACUGUAAGAUGCAGCUGUGUCUGCUUGCAUGGGGCGGGAUCCAUUCACCAGUUAGACUGCAAACCAAUUAACCAAGCUCUGGCUGUAUGCAUAUGAAAACUAUGAACAGGAAGGCACCUUCCAAGCCACGACAAUCCCUUGCUGUUUCAGUUC